AUCCUCGGACUUGAGCGUUCCGGCGAGGCGGAGCGUUUCCGCAAAGACUUGGGCGACCGGAUGCUGCUCUGGCCUGGCUCUGGUGUACCGAACUACGGUGGAAUCUUGUCGCAGGGCCUGCGCAUUGCCCCGCCGGAAGCGCCUGUGACCGGCUACAUGUUCGGCAAAGGCGUCUACUUUGCGGACAUAGUUUUCCAAAUCGGCCAACUAUUGCCGAGCUCAAACCGGAGAAGGACUGCUCCUCCUUGCAGACGUUGCCCUUGGAAGAUUCAUCCGGGGCAAAAUUCUGUUGGACACUCGGCCAAAACCGUAGCACAGCGGAAGGCCCAAUCCGUCAUGGGAACCUCUUUCAAAUCUUGUGCGAUGACCGACAUGUACAAGUUGUCACCAUAUUUCUCCGAAGCGGAUAGGCAGCGUGUCGACCCCAUUCCCCCUGCCGAGUUACCACGAUUCCCCGGCGGCUUCGGGUCCGGUGGAAAAUGGAUGCGCAUCAUCGUCUGGGGACCAUGUCAAGAUUUGGAAAACGCGCAAAUGGCGUUAAUUGCUAGGCUGAAGCAACAAGGGCCUUCAAUAGAAAAGCUGCUGCAGAACCUGCGCAUCGGGCCCAAGGUUCAGCCCAAGGCUUCAACAACUCCAAAAUCGGAGCCGAAAUCUGCUGCCGCAGAGGAAGGCAAAGAGAAAAAGUCUGGCAAGGAGAACAAGAAGGAGGCAAGGAAAGAAAACAAAGCUAAGGCUGUGGAAGCGAAAGGUGGAAAUAAGCCCAGUGCUCAGCCACAAAAGGGCGCGUCGGCGAAAGUUGAUGGCGCUACGUGGAUCGUUAAGGAAGAGAAGCCUGGUGCCGAAAUUGGACAAUCUUUGGCAGCUAACGUUGAUCAAGGCGUCAGCCAAUUCCACGCGCAACACACAGGGCAACUAUCUCUUUCGAUGACCCCUGAGGAUCAGCCAUGGGUCCAGAUCCUGGCUAAGAUUGCCGAGCAGCGAGGCGUUCUUUUCGUCGGUGCUGUUAGGAAUAAUACCGCGACGCCCAAAUCUACGAUAGCUGUUGCUGGCAAAGAUACCGUAACACUGGGCAAUGGGACCUAUUCGAUCGUUGGGCGUAUCUCGGUAUGGAAAGCCCUUGGAGCCCUGCUUGGAGUCUCGUCGUUCGAGGCUACCGACGCUGUCCAUGCGGCGCAUACACAUCAGUGGUUGCUGAAGGCAAACCAGGUGUUAGAAAACACUUACUUCAAGGAGACAUUGAUGCGAGAAGCUUCUCGGUUCCUUUCCUCUCGGGAUUCUCUGGGCGGUCAUUACGCUGCAAGCAUCUCCGACCUCGUAGUUUUUGCGCUGAUUUCCAAGCUCCAAAAUCCACCAAGCAACGUGGAGCUGUGGCGUUCAAGGAUCAAGAACAUUGGCGUU